CGCAGGCGCAGUCUGGCGCGGGGGUUGGUGGGACGGCACCGUGUGAGGCCGACAUGUCGCGGGUCAGGGUGGUGUCGCGGCUGUUGGGCGCCCGGCGCCUGGCACUGACUAGGGCGCAGUGGCCAGCGACAUGGCAGACAGGCACCUGCGGUUUUCACUUCACCAUUGAUGGGAAUAAGAGGUCUUCAGCUAAAGUUUCAGAUUCAAUUUCCACUCAAUACCCAGUAGUGGACCAUGAAUUUGAUGCGGUGGUAGUAGGAGCUGGAGGGGCAGGCUUGCGAGCUGCAUUUGGCCUUUCCGAGGCUGGGUUUAACACAGCCUGCGUCACAAAGCUCUUUCCUACCAGAUCACACACCGUUGCAGCCCAGGGAGGGAUCAAUGCUGCUCUGGGCAACAUGGAGGAGGACAACUGGAGGUGGCACUUCUACGACACCGUGAAGGGCUCCGACUGGCUGGGGGACCAGGAUGCCAUCCACUACAUGACCGAGCAGGCCCCUGCUUCCGUAGUAGAGCUCGAGAAUUAUGGCAUGCCGUUUAGCAGAACUGAAGAUGGGAGGAUCUACCAGCGUGCUUUUGGCGGACAGAGCCUCAAGUUUGGGAAGGGCGGGCAGGCCCAUCGGUGUUGCUGUGUGGCUGACCGCACUGGCCACUCGCUGCUACACACGUUGUAUGGAAGGUCUCUGCGAUAUGAUACCAGCUAUUUUGUAGAGUAUUUUGCCUUGGAUCUUCUGAUGGAAAAUGGGGAAUGUCGUGGUGUUAUUGCACUAUGCAUAGAAGACGGGUCCAUCCAUCGCAUCAGAGCAAAGAACACUGUUGUAGCUACUGGAGGCUACGGGCGUACCUACUUCAGCUGCACAUCUGCCCACACCAGCACCGGUGACGGCACUGCCAUGGUCACCAGGGCAGGCCUCCCCUGCCAGGACUUGGAGUUUGUUCAGUUUCACCCCACAGGUAUAUAUGGUGCUGGUUGUCUCAUUACGGAAGGGUGCCGUGGAGAGGGAGGCAUUCUCAUUAACAGUCAAGGUGAAAGGUUUAUGGAACGAUAUGCCCCGGUUGCAAAGGACCUGGCGUCCAGAGACGUCGUGUCUCGGUCCAUGACUCUGGAGAUCCGUGAAGGAAGAGGCUGUGGCCCUGAGAAAGAUCAUGUCUACCUGCAGUUGCACCACCUGCCUCCAGAGCAGUUGGCCAUACGGCUGCCUGGCAUUUCAGAGACAGCCAUGAUCUUUGCAGGCGUGGAUGUCACCAAGGAGCCCAUCCCUGUCCUUCCUACCGUGCAUUAUAACAUGGGCGGCAUUCCCACCAAUUACAAGGGGCAGGUUCUGAGGCAUGUGAAUGGCCAGGAUCAAAUCGUGCCUGGCCUGUAUGCCUGUGGGGAGGCUGCCUGCGCCUCCGUGCACGGUGCCAACCGUCUUGGGGCAAACUCACUCUUGGAUCUGGUUGUCUUUGGCCGGGCAUGUGCCCUGAGUAUUGCAGAGUCCUGCAGACCCGGAGAUAAAGUUCCCCCAAUUAAACCAAAUGCUGGAGAAGAGUCUGUCAUGAAUCUUGACAAAUUGAGAUUUGCUGAUGGAAGCAUAAGAACAUCAGAACUACGACUCAACAUGCAGAAGUCCAUGCAAAAUCAUGCUGCAGUGUUCCGUGUGGGAAGUGUGUUACAGGAAGGUUGCGAGAAAAUCAGCCAGCUCUAUGGAGACCUAAAACAUCUGAAGACAUUUGACCGAGGAAUGGUCUGGAACACCGACCUGGUGGAGACCCUAGAGCUGCAGAACCUGAUGCUCUGUGCACUUCAGACCAUUUAUGGAGCAGAGGCUCGGAAGGAGUCGCGUGGUGCUCACGCCAGGGAAGAUUACAAGGAGCGGAUUGACGAGUAUGAUUACUCCAAGCCCAUCCAGGGGCAGCAGAAGAAGCCGUUUGAGGAGCACUGGAGGAAGCACACCCUUUCUUAUGUUGAUGUCAAGACUGGGAAGGUCUCCUUGGAGUACAGACCCGUCAUUGACAGAACUUUGAAUGAGGCAGACUGUGCCACAGUCCCUCCAGCGAUUCGCUCCUACUGAUGGGGCUGGAGGUGACUGGCUUUGUACCCAUGUAUAUUAGCUCACGCACGCUUUUAUAUCAUAACUGUCCUCUUGACACCCUGUACUUAAGGGAACAAGGGUUUCCUUUCGAAUAGGGAUCAUCUACCUGGUGGCCAGAAACUUGCCAGUAAUCAACAGCCAGGAAGUGUGAAGCUUCAUUCUUGUGAACUAAAAAAACUGGGCAUGAUUCUUAAAUAAACAUAAAUUACAAACUUAUUUCUAUUCCAAGUGCAUUUAUGAGCUUAUACUGUUUGACUUGAGGCCUGUUCAUUGACCUGAAAUAUCAAAGCCCAGAAAUUUUGUUGUAGAAUAUAAUUAAGUAAAAAUGAAUUUUGAUGCUGACAUAUUCUCCUUGUUCUUAGUAAACAAAUGGUCUUAAUAUUUGAACACGUGUCCAAAAGCAUUUAAAUAACCAGAUACUGAAGGAAACAGAUGGAUUUCUUCCUUCCCCACCUGCUUUCAAGUGUUUUUUGGGGUCACCUUCCUAGUGAUUGUCUCAGGGCUAGCUUCUGUAGAAUCCAGGCCACAGCAGGUAGGGUCAUUGAUAUUAGUCUGUUUUUCAAUUUUAGGGAUCGUCUUUAAAAACUUACAGUUUGUAAAUAUGUAAAACAUUAAUGUUCUUUCAGAGUCCCUUAUAUUCAGAGCUGACCUCCUUAAUUGUUCCUGUAUUCUCUCCCUCAUAGCAACCACUUCAGUUAUCUUCCUAGUGAGUAUUUAAAGAGAAGAAAGCAAAUCUGUAUUUGCAUUGUGAUGUAUAGACUAUUGUGCACACCUUGUCUGCAUAUCUGGAGAUCAUUCCUUAUCAUCAGUGAGCCAUUUUCCUUCCUUCUUUUGGCAGCAUGAAUGUACCUUACCCUCUAGUGAUGGACAUUUUGUGUUAUUUCCAGUAUUACAGAUGCCACAAUGAAUAA